AUGCGGUCCCUGAUGCGGUCUUUGAUGCGGUCCCUGAUGCGGUCCCUGAUGCUGUCUCUGAUGCGGUCCCUGAUGCGGUCUCUGAUGCGGUCCCUGAUGCGGUCCCUGAUGCGGUCUUUGAUGCGGUCCCUGAUGCGGUCCCUGAUUCGGUCUCUGUUGCGGUCUCUGUUGCGGUCUCUGAUGCGGUCCCUGAUGCGGUCCCUGAUGUUGUCUCUGAUUCGGUCUCUGAUGCUGUCUCUGAUUCGGUCUCUGAUGCGGUCCCUGAUGUUGUCUCUGAUUCAGUCUCUGAUGCGGUCUCUGAUGCGGUCUCUGAUGCGGUCUCUGAUGCGGUCUCUGAUGCGGUCCCUGAUGUUGUCUCUGAUUCGGUCUCUGAAGCUGUCUCUGAUUCGGUCUCUGAUGCGGUCUCUGAUGCGGUCUCUGAUGCGGUCUCUGAUGCUGUCUCUGAUGCGGUCUCUGAUGCGGUCUCUGAUGCGGUCUCUGAUGCGGUCUCUGAUGCGGUCUCUGAUGCGGUCUCUGGUGCUAUCUCUCUGA